AACAGAAACCAAAAUGGCCUUAUCAGGAUUGAAAGCUGCUGUUGGGCAAAAGGUGGUCGAGGAGGUAGUGAGGAGCGUGAGGAAGAAGGGAGAGUGGAAGACCAUGGUCGUGGACCAGCUGAGCAUGCGUAUCGUCUCGUCAUGCUGCAAGAUGCAUGACCUCGCUAACGAAUGCAUCACCAUUGUGGAAGACAUCAGUAAGAACAGGGAGCCGCUGCCACUCUUGGAUUGCAUCUUCAUCACGCCCACAGAGAAGUCCGUUAAACAACUAAUGCAGGAUUUCACCGGAACCAACCUGUAUCGAUCAAUUCACUUGUUCUUCACCGAAGCCUGCCCCGACGAACUCUUCAACGACUUAUGCAAGUCGCACGUCGGAAAGUACAUCAAGACCUUGAAGGAAAUCAACAUUGCAUUCCUGCCCUACGAGUCACAGGUGUUUUCGCUCGACUCGCCUGAGACGUUCCAGUUCUUCUACAAUCCGGCGCGGCAGGGCGGCCGAAUGACCAACAUGGAGCGCAUUGCUGAGCAGAUAGCCACGCUGUGUGCGACGCUCGGCGAAUAUCCCAACGUCAGAUACCGCAGCGAUUUCGACCGCAACGUGGAGUUGGCCCAGCUUGUGCAGCAGAAGUUGAAUGCCUACAGAGCAGAUGAUCCAACCAUGGGCGAGGGUAUCGACAAAGCUCGCUCGCAGCUGCUCAUCCUGGAGCGAGGGUUUGACGCGGUGACGCCGUUGCUGCAUGAGCUCACCUUCCAAGCCAUGGCUCACGACCUGCUGCCCAUAGAGAACGAUGUCUACAAGUAUUCGACCUCACAGUCGGUGAUGUCUGGGGAAGGUCUGCAUGACAAGGAGGUGCUGCUGGAUGAGAACGACGAUCUGUGGACCGAGCUGCGUCACUGUCACAUCGCGGUCGUCUCCCAGCAGGUGACGAAGCAACUGAAGAGAUUUGCCGACAACAAGCGCAUGACGACGAGCGGAGGCACGGAGAAGACGACCAUGCGAGACCUUUCCCAGAUGCUGAAGAAGAUGCCGCAGUACCAGAAGGAGCUCAGCAAGUACUCGACUCACCUCAAUCUCGCGGAGGACUGCAUGAAGUCCUACCAGAGGGGAGCCGACAAGCUCUGCAGGGUCGAACAGGAUCUGGCGAUGGGCACCGACUCGGAGGGAGAGAAGAUCAAAGAUCACAUGCGAAACAUCGUGCCGAUCCUGCUCGACCAGAACGUCAGCUUCAGCGACAAGAUCCGCAUCAUACUACUCUACAUCAUACAGAAGAACGGCAUAUCUGAUGAGAACCUCAUGAAGCUGUGUCAGCACGGACAGAUUCCGAACAACGAGCGUACGACGAUGACCAACAUGGGCUUGCUCGGUGUGAACAUCAUCCAAGAAGUAAGUAGCGGGCCGCCCCUCAGCAUCAGCCUCAUGCAGGAAGUGAGUAGCGCCACCUGCGCGCGCUACGGACAGUGGCACCAGGAUAAGAAGGGCGGCGGCAGCUACAGGACGGGACCUCGUCUCAUCGUCUUCAUCGUCGGCGGCGUCAGCUACUCUGAGAUGCGAUGCGCCUACGAGGUCACCAACGCUUACAAGGGCUGGGAGGUCAUCAUUGGUUCCACUCAUAUUCUGACACCUGAAGGCUUUCUCAGUGACCUGAACGCUCUCAGCAGCUAAGCUGGGGAUCUUCACAGAGUGGGAAGUGAACCAGAGAGAGAGAGAGGGAGGGAGGGACAGAGAGAGAGAGAGAGGAGGGGGGGAGGAAAGCACGGAGAGAGAGCGUCCCCCGCAACACGUAAACAAGAUAGGAGUGAGGUCGGAUGCUCGUAGGGAAGGGUGUUCGGAGGAAGGUUCCGGAAGGAAUUGAAUUCGCGCGCCUCCACGUUGGAGAUCCGGAAGAUGAAUCGGCUGUCGUGAGGAAUCGCACGCGGCGGCCGGACACGGUGGUUGUCUUACACGGUCUUCACUGGGGAUAGACUGUGCAUGUAAUACUCGCAGCUUAAUUAAUGAGCGUUUUAAUCGAUUUUAUUUGCAGACGCGAUGUAUUAAUCGCAGACGUAUUCCGCGUGCGGCGGUGUGGGCAGUGACAUUCCAGUGAGCAGCUGUGUUAUUUAUGAGAAGCGAGGAGAUGCGUUGUUGGGACACUCAUGUGCGGCAUUACGCGACCAACUAUACCGAAGGGUUUUUGCAGUGAGACAGCAAUUUUUAGUAGUGAGUAGAGCGUGUGUAUAGAAGCAUGGUGUUGUCCUGAUGGACAAUACUUCUACGGUCACCUUUUCCCAAAAUAUGCGGUCUCUGUAACGAACGAUGGUUUUCUCUGAAUGAAAGCAUUUAACUGAGUGACUGACACUGAGAGUGACUGUGACACUGAGAGUGACUGUUACACUGAGAGUGACUGUUACACUGAGAGUGACUGUGACACUGAGAGUGACCGUGACACUGAGAGUGACUGUGACACUGAGAGUGACUGUGACACUGAGAGUGACUGUGACACCGUGAGUGACUGUGACACUCUCUCUAUACUGCCCCCAGCCACCCAGCAAUCAUUACAGCACUGAGUAACAUGUCUGUAACGUUGAACAUUGCUUAACCCCUCACGUUAACACACGUAAUCGGGCGUGCGCGUAGAAAAGCACGUUUCUGUUACGCUAGACGCGGAAGGAGUUCCAAAGAGAAUGCAAAAUUAUUCUCUAGCACUUGACGCACGUAGAUGCGGGUGCGUGUCAUUUGAAUGCCUGCACGUACGGUUGUAAUUACGAUGAGUAAUUACUAAUUAGUUAAUCACUAAUUAGUAAUUAGUGGCUGUAUUUGUUAAAAUAAACUUCUGAGCUUCGACUCGCGUGCACAGGUUGUUUAUAA